UUUGGUCUCGGUUCAUGUUAGUCUGACAGAAACUCUCAAACAAAACAAACAUGGCAGGUCAGUAUAAACUUCCAAAGUUUCUUUAAUUCGCGUCGCUACAUCGUCAUAUUGAACCACGGGCAUGUGUUUGUAUGGUUAAUCUUCAGUAUCAACGACCUUUACUCUCUUCCGAUACUCAGUCAUCCUAACCACGGUAAUCAGCCAAAAAAAAAAAUGAAGCAAGGCACCUGGGUUGUUCUUUUUUAUUGAAGCCGUUUCACCUUGAAUCCAAAAGGCCUCUUCAGGUCAAAAUUUCAGGCAUGGCUGUGUUUGACAAGUGUUCAGUGCUUUUGGACCUGAAAAACUUGUCCUUUAAGGAGAGGAAGAGUCUGAAGUUGUCCGUGACAGAAAAUGGAGGAAGCCUUUGUUUUGUAGUCACCAAACAAGUAAGACGAUGUGCAAAAGCAACCAUUGGGUACGUGCACUUAUGUGCACGGUCUUUCUUUUUAGUUUUUACAGGUGUAUGUGAGUAUCUGUGUGUGACUGUUUUUGUAUUUGCAGUGAGCAGAGCUGUUCUCAAGCCAUCCAAAGAUAAAACCUACCCUCCAGAUAAGAGUGUAAGCGUACUGGGCAAGUUCAGGAUUUAUACAGAACAGGAUGAAGACAUUCCAGCAUAUCCAAAUGACUUCAAUGUUGCCAAGUAUUCCAUCUUUCAUAAGGAUGACAGCGGAACCUGGUGUGUGCUGGAGCUGCAGAGCGCCAAAGGACAGAAGAGGCAGCAGUACCGCGUGAUUAACUACCAGAAGGGCGUAAGUCAAAUAUGUCUGCUCAACGUUCCGCGAAAUAUUGGUUUAUAUUGUAAUUUGUUUUUGUGCUAACAGCAGACGGUACCAAAUGACAUGGUGAUAUUCCCGUCGACCUCAGAGGAGGCUGUGGAGGUCUACCAGGCACUGACUGACAUCCUGCUGGCUUCGGGUCUGCGCCCAUGGGCCAGCAUUCCCCCGCAGGAUCAGAACCUUGGCUCAUACGCCCUUCAGCAGCUGCUGCUGGAGGAGAAGCUGAACACCGGAGUCUUGUCACGAGACGUGGCUGUCUUUGUGGAGCUGCUCUGGACUGAGGCCCUGGGUUGCCUAGGCAACAUCCUCAAAGUUCCUGUGAGCAAACUCAGCCUCAAUGACGUGAGCAGAGCUGAGGGAUUGUUGAUUCAAGCGCAAAGGAAACUGAAGGAAGUCAACAGUGCCGCAGCAUUCUCUCUUCUGUUUGAAGUCUACGCCCUGCUGCCACACAAAUAUAUCAGUCGAGGUUGCAGUCCCAAGGUUAUCUCUGAAAAACUGGACCUCUGUCAGCUUAUUCGAGACAUCCUGAACGUGAGUGAGCUGACUCUGAGAAGCCCCGCCACUUCCUGCGUUGGCAAGUUUCGCGCCCUGAGGUGCAACAUUGAAACAGUCAAGCCUGGCUCCUGCGAAUAUCGCACUGUGUCAUCUCUGGUCAAAGACAGAUCUGUGCAGAUCAAUCAGGUGUUACGUGUCAGCAGAGCGGUGGAGCUGCAGACCUUUAAAGGCAAACUCGGCAACAUCAAGUCCCUCCUCCACUCCUCCAGCGCCCGCAAUUUUGUUGGAAUUCUGUCCCGUGGUUUGCUGCUACCUUGUAUUGGAGUAGAACGUCAUGGGAUUGAACGAACAGAUGCUGGCAGUCUUGGAAAUGGCAUAUACUUCAGCGAUCACAUGCGCACCUGCAUAAAGUACACUAAGCCCAGCGUCUCGGACGGCUCUCGGCUGCUGCUGGUGUGUGACGUGGCCCUGGGGCGCUGCCUGGAGCUUCACCAGAGAGAUCCCACUCUGGCUCAGGCCCCGGAGGGACACAACAGUGUACACGGCAUCCGCCGCACAGCGAUGGUUAACUCAGAGUUUGAGGGUGAUGAGUAUGUGGUGUACAGUCCGGAUCAGGUCAAGCUGAAAUAUGUUGUCCAGUUCAGCAUUGAUGGAGACCAACUGAAGCCUUUCAACCCAACGAUAGACACGUCGGCUGAGUCUUGUCUGCCCCCUGCUGAUCCAGUGGUACUUCCUGAUGAUGAUGCAGGUAUUGGAAGCAUAAACAACCCCUUGAACGACAUGACUUCAGGACUGCUGGACAGCUCAGGGCAGCAGCUCCCCCUGCUGGGUGUACACGUGAAGUGCAAGUUGAUGGAUUUGCUCUCACAUGUCAUCAUCUUCCAAAGGUAUACUAAUCAGAGGAACGUGCCCAUUGAAGCGAAGUAUGUCUUCCCUUUGGACGAAUAUGCAGCAGUGUGUGGCUUUGAAGCCUUCAUUAAUGGGAAACAUGUGGUGGGACAGGUGAAGAAGAAAGAACGAGCUCGUAAGCAGUACAAACGGGCAAUAGAGAAGGGCCAUGGAGCCUACCUCAUGGACCAGGAUGUCCCAGACAUUUUCACCAUCAGCGUGGGCAACCUGCCAACUGGUGCCAGCGUGCUCCUUAAAGUGACCUUUGUGUCAGAGCUCAUCAUCAAGGACGGGAGUGUUUUCUUCACCCUGCCUAGUAGUGUUGCACCGUGGCAGAAAAGUGCAGCGCUCAACCAGAUUACACAGGUGACCGUGGACAAAGUGUGUGUAACAGAUGAUGCAGCAAGUACAAGAGAGUUCAGCCUGGACAUGUCCAUUGAGAUGCCAUAUGACAUCACCAACCUGCAAUGCAUUACGCACAAAGUUAAGAUGAAGAGGACCGACUGCAAGGCAGUUGUGAGUGUGCUGCCAGGGCAGGUCAUGACUCCAGAAGGAUUCCAGCUGUCAGUCACUCUGUCGGAGGUACAUCUACCCAGGAUGUGGGUGGAGGAACACCCUGACAAGGACAGCCAGGCCUGCAUGUUAGUUUUCUACCCUAACUUUGACAUCAAACCCACUUCUGGAUCCAAUGAAGUGGUCAUUUUGCUGGACACGUCUGAGUCCAUGCAUGGAGAGCCUUUACUCUGGGCCCAGAGGAUUGCCCGGCACGCCAUCAAAACCCUAAAGGGUGACCUUAAAAUCAACAUCAUCUUGUUUGGCACAGAUUACACACAAGCGUUCCUGACAGCACAGCCUCUUCACAAAGCUCGACAAGCUGCUGAGAACUUCAUACAGUCCAUCUCACCAGUGGGGGGCAGCACCGAGCUUUGGCGCCCUCUCCAAGCUCUUGCACUUCUGCCUCCAUCCAAUGGCAUUCGCAAUCUUUUUCUGCUGUCAGACGGCCACGUCCAGAACAUCAGUGUCACUUUGCAGCUGCUCAAGGACAAUGUUGAACACAGCCGCCUCUUCACUUGUGGCAUCAGCUCUACAGCCAAUCGACACAUGCUGAGAGCCCUUGCUCAGGCGGGGUGCGAAGCAUAUGAAUUUUUUUAUGCUAAACACAAGCACAAGUGGGCAGAGAAGGUGGAGUGUCAGUUGAGGCGCAUGGCAUCUCCCGGCUGCAGUUCUGUGUCAGUGAAAUGGCAACAGUUUAACCCAUCAGAUCCCACUCCUGUACAAGCCCCCAAGCAACUCCAUGCACUCUUCAACGAUUGCCACACGCUUGUCUAUGGCUUCGUGCCACAUUGCACACAGGCUACCCUGCUUGGAAACCUGAGCGGCCAGGAACUAAAUACCAUGGUGUCCACGAGUGAACUGCAGAAGACGAGGGGCACGUUUCUUCACAAGCUGACAGCGAGAGCUCUCAUUAGAGACUACGAAGACGGAAGCUUUGAUUCCAACGAAGCUGAACAUGAGGGGAAGAAAAUCCAGUUGAAGUCCUUCAUCAUUGCCUUGAGCAAAGAAUUCUCCAUCCUGUCUCAGUUCACCAGCUUUGUGGCCAUUGAAGAAAGGCAACCGAAUCAAACAGAUGAGGGAUUCACGGACAUCCCCAAGUUGUUGGCGGAAGAAGAUGUGGACAUUCUUCCCUACCUCAACUGGAUAUCUCCUCAAAUUGUAGAAGAUAAGGAGGGGGACAUGGAGAUUGUUGAAAGUUUUUUCGAAUUUCUGGGCAGUGCUCAAAGUUAUGGCUCAGACUCCAGUGAGACGUCCCAAUAUUCGCCCACGAGUCCGAGUCUAGCUUCCUCACCUACAUUUGAGGAAAUGCCCAUGUCCAAGAGUGUCACCACAGGGUCGUCCAUAUUGAAGGGUGCUAAAGAGCGAUGUAAAAUGACGGACACUGAAGCUGGGCGUGUGUUUCGAUCGCGCAGUGUAUCAAUCGAUGCAGGCCGUCCAUCAAAAAGCAUCCAUACUUUGGGCUCAUCACUCCCUCCACCUCCACCGCCACUCCCUGUUGGUCAUCCUCCGUUUGUUGCUCAUUCAUUUCCACGUUUUGACCACUCAUCUUUUGCCCCGCCCCCUGCACCCUCACCUCGCAGCCCAUCAUUUCUUCCCCCUCCACCACCAUCUGUUGGCCAUCUAUCAUAUAUUCCUCUUCCACCGCCACUUCGGCCUGUCGGCGUAUCAGUCGACAGUCCUACACCUUGGGAUCUGGUUUUACGCGAAAUUCGCGUCAGCUCACCUUCUAAAUGUCGACCCACUGGUGUUCUCGGGGACCGCAUUCUCAAUAUUUCCAGUAACCAGAGUUUACAGGGCAUAGUACCUGCCAGACCAGUACAGCUGUCAAUGGCGAGUUUGGCCGACUCAGGCUCGACUGGGAUGCAGGAGACAAUUAAUCGCUUGCUUGGUCGAGCUGCAUCCAAAGACGACGCUUAUAGUGGCCCGCCACUCAGACAACAACUGACAGCGUUUUCUUCAGGCCACCCUAGUGGAGGUAUUUCUGAGUCCCAACCCACACGGGGAAUUGCAGGGACAAAAUUCUGGCCCUGUAACGCACUGCCUGCGGUGGGAUUUUCAUUUGGGGGCCAAGCUAAAAGCAAGGCUGCACUUGAUAAGGUACAACGGAAAGUCAGUUUUGGAAACAGAGCUCUCAACUUUGAUUCAGCAAUGCCAAGCUCUCAAGUCGUUCAACAGACCUCCAGACCGGACAUCAUUUAUUUCAGGACAUUUGGUAGAAGCCCUUUUUGCAAGACCAUGUCAGUGGGUGGCAUUGAUCACGUUACAUUUAAUUUGGAUUGGCGAAGAAACUUCCAGAUGCAGAUUUCGGAGGGCUACUGGGAGUUGAGCACAGAACUGGGCAAGUACGUCAAUGUGGAUCUCGACAUCUUUGCCGCGUUCCUCGAAAGUAAAGGCAUCCUCUCCCUCGGUGCAACGGCCCGUACUGACAUUCUGAGGCUUCUGGCGACUCUUCUGGUCCUGCAGCUGAUGCGCUUGGAGAAGCUCCCAGAAGGUGUAUUGCUGCGCACGCUCUUCUGUCUAGAGGAUACUGACAGGCCGGCCCGCUGGUGGAAGGUGAGGAAGGCGGUCAGCUGGGUUCGCUGGGCAGACCGCCAGUACCCUUGCAUCUGCAGCCGGCUUGAGUUCGGUUUUACGUGGGAGUCGGCCACCCGCCAACUGCUGGGCUACGACAGCUUCCCUGAAUUCUCGCCUCUCGCCGGCCUGGAGCUGAGGAGGAUUACGUCGGCCGCUCCUGUCUCCAUGGUCGUCCACUGAUCACAGCAUAUUAAAACACACUUUUUAAAAGUAUUUCGCACCUAUUCUCAAGUUUGCUUGCUUCAAGCUGUUUGUCACCCCUGGCUGAGGUUUACUGUAAAAAUGAUCUGUAGAAUCAAAGAGAAUUACACAGUAUAUUUAAACACCGAAAUGUUCAACAGAUUGGACACAUAAUUUCCUCUACCAUAAUAUUUUUCCCAUUUUAUUAUCUGGCGUGAGGUUUUGCUGGUUGGAUGUGUGAUGUUCGUUUUCCUAUAAUUUCCUUGCACAAAAUAUUAUGAGGCUGCAAUGAUAUUUAAUGGAGCAAUAUGUUGGUAAAAAUGUUGAUUUUGAACUGAAAAUGGGCAAUUUAAAUAUUAUCAAGAAUUAUUAGGGAAUCGUUUGAGGAUUAAUGCUGAUUUCACUGCUUUUUUUUGUUCAUCACAUUUGGAUAUUCAUGAUUUAGAUUUUAGAUGAUUAAUAUCUCUCUUCAGAGAUAGUUAAAUAGGACCAAUACAGACGAAUGUUGAAGAAUAAUCAAUAAAACAAAAACCUUGACUCGCUCGUGGUUGUAUGACACCCUCUACUAGUAAUUGUAGGCAAAAGACAA